AUCUCUGAGAUAAGUUAUAGGAAAAAGCGGUGGUGGAUUGCACAUAUGAAGGGAAAAUGGACAGGUGGCGGUGAGGGCAGCGUCUAUAUAACUUGAUUUGUGGCGGGCAACUCUACAGUGACAAAAGGGCAGGCUAGAAGAGUUACCAACGAAGGUGAAACCACACAUCUCUACACACGUGAGAAUGAAGAACCUUUUGUUUGGCGUGAUGUUCCUGACGGUGGUGAGUCUUGCUGCCUCCCAGUUCGGGAUUCCUUGCCCCGCAGCAGUAAACGCCAAGUGCCCAGUGAUCGGCGGAGGACAAGCAGUGUUCUUUGGUCAUCCCGACGACUGCUCCAAGUACUGCGAGUGUGUGGAUCUAGGCCUGGCUUACGAGCUGUCCUGCUCCCCGGGGCUGCUGUGGGAUGACAUCAGGGAUACGUGCAACUGGCCCUAUAAUGUGAACUGCGGAUCUCGUCCCCAGCCGUAGAGGGAAGGGAGGAAUGACCAAAGGCAAGCUCGGCUACGGCAGUUUCAUCGAACACUUUUUAUAUGCUUUGUAAAGGAUUUUAUUUGAUGUUGAUGUAUUUCACAAUAAAUUCUGGUUUGUAA